UCUUCUUCACUACCAUUUUCUAGAACAAGUGCAUCAACAGUAUACUAGUACACGUCUCCCCCCCCCCGGCCCCAACUCUGGUCUCCCUCCUAGCCCUGGCCGGCCCUAACUACUGGCCACCUGUGUAAGCUCUAUAGGUUGACUAUGAGUGGUGUGUCAGAGUCCUCGAGUGGCAGUACAGUGUAUACUAGUGCUGUAGGGACUGGCAGUACAGUGCGCUCCUCUCCCAUCUGGUCCGUGCCCCCACCUUCCUCUGAUGCUAUGAGACACACUGACACACCUCCAAUAGGACAGAUGGUGACUGUGGGUGCUGAGAUCAAUAGAUCACCUCAGAUACCGCUGACUCAGCAAUCUCCUCAAGUCUUGCUGACUCAGCACCACCCUCGUAUGGUCGUGGCCAAACCUCUUACCCAAGGGUCAAAGUCCAUCCCUGCCCAGUUUGUUCAACUAGCAAGUCAACUCCCGAGACUAACUCCUCAGAUGAUCCUAGCUAGCAUGAAGUCUAUUCAAGUACAGCAACAACAGAGAGCAGCUCAAUCUGUGGAGAGGUCAAAGGUCGCUCAUCAACAGCCUACUCUGAUACCUAAAGUGAUAAGACACUCUAAAGCACCCACUCUCAUGACCUCGCACAAGGUGGUGGCUCCUCUGACAAUCCCACCACAAGCCUCACACCCCCACACGCCCACACCACCCACACACAGAACAACCAUCACAACUAACAAACCCAGGAAGCCUUGUAACUGCAAGAACUCACAGUGUUUAAAAUUGUAUUGUGAUUGCUUUGCUAAUGGAGAAUUUUGUCGUGAUUCUUGUAAUUGUCUCAACUGCAAGAAUAACAUAGGCUUCGGUGAUGAUCGUGCCAAAGCUAUCAAGGUGUGUCUAGACAGAAAUCCAAACGCCUUCAAACCUAAAGUGGGCCAGAAUAGAACUGGUGAUGAGAGAAGACACAUCAAAGGUUGUAACUGCAAGCGUUCGUGGUGUCUCAAGAACUAUUGUGAGUGUUAUGAGGCUAAGAUCCCAUGCUCUGCAAACUGUCGCUGUGUGGGCUGUAAGAACUUGCCAGAAUGUACAGACAAGACUCUCAUGCACUUGGCAGAUGCUGCAGACAUGCGCACACAACAGGCAGCAGCUAAUAGUCUGUUCCUGGAUCAGUUAGAGCUGAGCUCUGUCAAGCCAUUCUCUCUGGAUGGACAAAGGCUACCAUUCUCGUUUGUUAAUGAGGAGGUUACCAAGGCAACCACACUGUGUCUGUUGGAGGAGGCUAGUCAUGCUGUGGCUAGUGGUGAGAGCUUGGUAGAGGCCGAGAGAGAUGUCCUGAUAGAGUUUGGGAGGUGUUUGUCUCAGAUCAUCCAUUCAUCACAGUCUGCCAAUGAAGAUGACGUCAGAACAAUGCAAGUAUGCUAGUGAACUAACAUCAUGUACUCUACUGUACCCUCUCUUUUAUUACCUUUAUUGUCUUUAUUGUCUCAUGUGUGAACUGCAAUGGGCGUGUUUGGUGACUGGAUUGGAUUGGAAUGUCA